UUUUGAGCCUAAGCUGGUACUAUAUAUAUUAGACUCCAACCAUCCUUGAAUUCAGUAAAUAUAUUUCAGCCAAACAUCUCCCCCUCUCUCUCUCUCUCACAAACAUAUUUGGUGUGAACUACUUAAGGAGUGUGCUUCUGCACUACUGCUAUACUAUAUAUAUAUGUACACACACAAACACACACCCAUAUAUCGCUGUCUGAACAAAAAAUAGAAAGAAAAAAUGGAGAGCUCAAGAAGGCAGGAUUUGAAGGCAUCAGUUAAGGUUCCUGAUGAGAACACUAUUGAUUGGAGAGGAAAGCCUUCCAACCCCCAAAAGCAUGGAGGAAUGAGAGCUGCUGCCUUUGUUCUAGGGCUUCAAGGAUUUGAGAUAAUGGCAAUAGCUGCAGUUGGGAAUAAUCUGAUAACAUAUGUUAUAAACGAGAUGCACUUUUCGUUGUCGAAAUCUGCAAACACAGUCACAAACUUCAUUGGCACAGUCUUCAUCCUCUCACUCCUUGGUGGCUACCUUUCUGACUCUUAUCUCGGUUGCUUCUGGACCAUUCUCAUCUUUGGCUUCGUUGAACUUUCGGGUUUGAUCUUGCUAUCGGUACAAGCCCACGUGGGGCAGCUGAAGCCGCCGCCAUGCGACAUGGUCAACGACAGCGCGCAGUGUGUUGAAGCGAAAGGGUUCGAAGCCUUAAUAUUUUUCGUGGCCCUUUAUUUGGUGGCGUUAGGGAGUGGGUGCGUUAAGCCUAACAUGAUAGCACAUGGGGCAGACCAGUUCAACCAAGACGAUGAAAAGCAAUCCAACAAACUCUCCUCUUACUUCAAUGCCGCCUACUUCGCCUUCUCCAUGGGCGAGCUCAUCGCCUUGACCGUCCUAGUUUAUGUCCAAACGCACUCCGGCAUGGACAUCGGCUUCGGGGUGUCGGCCGCCGCCAUGGCCAUGGGCCUCAUCGCCAUCAUCUCCGGCACAGUUAUGUACCGCAACAAGCCGCCUCAGGGGAGCGUCUUGACCCCUAUCGCACAGGUGAUUGUGGCUGCGACUUUGAAUAGAAAGCAAAUGUGCCCAUCUGAUCCCGGGAUGCUUCAUGGCAGCCACUCCAAGGAGCCUAAUACUGACAACUCCAUUUCCGACAGUUUUUCCAAUAGUCAACUCACCCAAAGAUUCAGAUUCUUGAACAAGGCAUGCAUGAAGAAGGAGGAUAGCGAAGAGGAAAGUGGAUGGAGAGUUUGCAGUGGGGAGCAAGUGGAGCAAGUGAAGAUACUGAUCUCAGUGAUGCCCAUAUUCGCGUGCACCAUCAUCUUCAACACAAUCCUCGCCCAGCUUCAGACAUUCUCCGUCCAGCAAGGCAGCGCCAUGGACACCCGCCUCUCCGAAUCCUUCCACAUCCCUCCCGCCUCCCUCCAGGCCAUCCCCUACCUCAUGCUCAUCUUCGUCGUCCCCCUCUACGACGCCGUCUUCGUCCCCUUCGCCCGCCGCCUCACGGGCCACCGCUCCGGCAUCAGCCCUCUCCGCCGCAUCGGCGCCGGCCUCCUCAUCGCCACCUUCUCCAUGGUCGCCGCCGCGCUGGUGGAGCGCAGGCGCAGGGCCGCCGGCGCCGCUGAGCCGCUGCGGAUCUGGUGGAUCGCGCCGCAGUUCCUUAUAUUCGGGUUCUCGGAGAUGCUCACCGCCGUGGGCCUCAUCGAGUUCUUCUACAAGCAGGCGCUGAAGGGGGGCAUGCACGCGUCGCUCACCGCCAUAACCUACUGCUCCUACUCCUUCGGCUUCUUCCUCAGCUCGGUGCUGGUGUCGCUCGUGAAUCGCGUCACGGCGCGGUCGGGCCCCGGCUGGCUCACGGAUAACAACCUCGAUAACGAUCGCUUGGACCUCUUCUAUUGGCUGCUUGCGCUUCUCAGCUUCCUCAACUUCCUCAACUAUCUCUUCUGGUCGAGCUGGUAUAACAAUGGCUUCAAAGUUGGAGGCGGCGGCGAUGACAUUGUAUGACAUAUGUAUAGGAUAAAUGAUCAUUUGCUCCUUUUGAAGAUGGAUAGUUUGAUGAUGGAUAGUUGGAUAUGUAAACAUGUCCCUUAACCGCUAUCAUUAGCAUUAAAUUAACCACCUAAUUAAGUUGAUGUUAUA